AAACAUUUUCUGGAAAAGAAUGAUUUCUAAAUCCAGAUCUCGACCCAUAUCUUGAUCAUGUAGGUCAAGAGAGAGCACCAAACCAAGUUCCGUUUGAAAUCGAGGAACUGGAUUCUAUUCCUAUCCAAUCUGGCAGUCUCAGUGAAUGUUGGUCAUCGUCAAAGAAACAUGGCGGCUUCCGUAGUAUGAGAACCUCAGCUGUUUCCAGACAACGGGUUUCGCGUAUAUUUUACAGUUAUCUUUUAGUAUUAUUAUUGAACUUCCUCUCUUGUGUUUUAAUCUUGAAGUCAUGGUUCUAACGAAUCAGAAGGCCUACGACAUUUUGGGUCUCCCAGCAGGUGCUGAUUUGAAUUCUGUGUUGCUGAAGUAUAAGAAGCUGGCUUGUAAAUGGCAUCCGGAAAAUGAGAGUGAAAAACACUCCUCAGAAUCCCUCAAGAAAUUCAAGCAAGUCACAAUGGCCUAUAAAAGGUUGACAACAAAAGAUUUCAAGCAAGAUUUAUCCCUGACAGACUGCUUAUCCAUGUUCAGAGAUGUUGUUUCCUUCAGAAAUGUGACCAACGGGUCCAAGUAUGCCUCCUCAGACUCCAGUGAUGAGAACAACUCGGAGGAGGAGUGCUCUUCCGACUCUGACGACAACUCCCCAGUCAACAACAAAGCCAGAGACAAAGAUUACAGUUCGUCACAGGCAAACUCAGUGUCUAUACCAAAUUCAGAUAUAACAGAAGAGGAGAGAGAAAGGCGUCGAGCUGAGAAGAGAAGAGCCAAGAAAAAGCGACAAAGAGAAAGAAAACGUUUGGAGAAAGAACAAAAAUCCAACUCUUCAAAUAAAAAAGAUGGCAGAUCAACGUACGGUGAUGACAAGUCUAUAUUACACGAGGAUUCAAAUUCCGGUGAUGACACAGUAUUUGAUCCCACAUCAGCAUUUUUCACUAAGGUUGUCAGUAAAAAGAAGAAAAACGGGCACGUCCCGGAUCAUUCCCACAAUCACAAAGGCCAUGAAAAAGAUGACGAGGUUGAAGAUAUAGUAGAUCCCAGAGUACUCAGAAGUAGACAACUUGCCGUCCGUGGCAAUGAAAUGGCUCAAGUUGAUCAAUAUACAGCUGCAAUACAAUUAUUUACAGAAGCCAUCAGUCUUGACCCAGUAGAUUUUAGGUUCUUUGGAAACAGAUCUUAUUGUUAUGACAGAACAAAACAGUACGAUAAAGCAUUGAGAGAUGCAGAAAAAGCCAUUCACCUUGAUAAAGACUGGCCCAAAGGUUAUUUUAGAAAAGGUCGUGCAUUAGCAGGAUUAAAAAUGUUUAGUGAUGCAGAAAAAGCCUUUAUGCAAGUACUUAAGCUUGAUAAAAACUGUGAUGAUGCUGUGACAGAGCUCUUAGAAGUGAGGACACAUCUUCUUAUGGAUAUGGGGUUCUCGAAAUCGCGAUCUGAAGCAGCAAUUAAAAAACACGACUCUGUCCAAGCGGCCUUAGAUUCUCUCCUAACUGGAUGCGUUGAUAGCUCAGUGAGUGAUUUGUAUAUAUCCGACGAUGAAAACGAAGGCUUUAGCGUCCAUCGGCCUGCCCCAAUCCCUCCUCCAACAUCACACCCAACAGAUGUGAAAAUGGAAUUUGGCCAAGUGACCAGUGUUAGACCACUGCCGGACAAGUAUUGUGCUUUCAUCAACUUCAAAACUAAGGAGGCAGCUGGACGUGCAAUGCACCAACUGCAGGGUACAGAAAUAGAUGGCCAGAAGCUUUUAAUAAAAUUCCCAGACAACCCUUUAAGCAGCAAUUCUGGCAACAUAACUAUACGUAAACCAGUUUCUAGUGGACCAGUGAAACAAGGCAAUGUGAGAAAUGCACCGAAGCAGACAGGUCCAGUGAAUGGAGAUGAGUGCUAUUUCUGGAGGACGACCGGCUGCACAUUUGGCAGUGAUUGCAAGUGGCAGCAUUUCCCAAAGAGCAAAGGAAUCGACAGAAAACCCUGGCAGAAAUGAGACGUGUGUAGGGCCCUCGUGUCUGCAGGAGAUGUGUCUUAAAAGUAGCUGAGACUGACUUAAAUUUUUGUCUCCUUCCCCCCCUGCAACCCCUCCUGCAUGCAAAAGGUUUUUAUUUAUUGUGAUUGUUCCACUUGACUUUGUGUGCCAAGUGAUGUAGAUCUGUGGUCAGCAGCAAUGUCCAAAGACUUUUUUUUCUUCCCGUGGGAAAGCGAAGGCGUGUAGGAGGAUUUUUCUUUCUCUCAAGAUUCAUGCCGACAGCGUGCGUGUACUCCUUCAGGCACAAGUGUGUAGAUGUGAUGUGAAGGACGCGUGCUGUAGGCCACCAGAGCACAAGAGAGUGUGAUGGAUGUGUAACAAAAACGUUUUGAACUUAGGAUUUUUUCCUGCUCAUUACAUCACUGUCAGAUUUCUUGGUAUAUAAAUAUAAAGUAUUACUAGAAAUUGCUCUGCCAAUUUAUGAAGAUUUUAGCAUGUGUAUUUUUUUCUAUCUAUAUAGCACAAAUUGUUGGAAAGAGAAUGAGAUUUUUCCCUCUGUAUAGAUCUAUUGGUCUUUACAACAACAAAAAAUCUUUGUAUAAAUAAGCCUUUGUGAAAUGCACAUUGAGGGUCGUGGUUUUAGAUCCCCUUUUCUUGAAAGAUAAUAGUCCGGAUACGUUACUAGUUACUCUCGGCGCACCUCUCUCUCUGCCCUUGUUCUUUUCAGUCUUGCUGUCAUGUGGAGUGAGUGUUGGGGAAAUGCAAUAAUGUCUUUUAGGAAGAACCCGGGACUGCCUUCAUAGCGUUUAAACAGGUUGGUAAAGGUAGCUGCUUGUCCAUGCUGAGAAAAGGAAGUCAUUGAGAUGUUCCUAACUUGUUUUGUUGAAGGGUUUGGGAUGUUGUUCUGCCCCGUGCAGCUGUCUUAUUGCUUGUCUACAGUCGAAUUGGACAUUUCUUUAUCUACCAUUGGAGAACCUUUUUUUUUUCUUUGUGAACUGAUUCCAUCAAUGCUGUUAAUGAGUUUUUGACCAAGUUGUGUUUUUUGAAUGAUGGAAAUUAUUUUAAUUCUUAAAGAUACCUUCUGCUUUGUUAGGGGCUUGUGAGUGGUCGGGGUUUGCCACUGGUAGAUCCUGCUUCUUUACUUACCCA